ACAAGCCUUACAAUGAGUUUGUGUUGAGUUUUGAGAUGUGUUUUGGGAUUAAACCCAACAAAACAUGUGAUUAUUAUUUAUUUAACAAUAAUUAAAAUAUUCGCAUAUUUUUGCAUUCAUUUUGCAUUUGAUUCGCGUUUAAUGGUAUUGAAGACAAGACACAGCGGCUGAAGAAGAAGUGGUGACCAAAACGAAAGAUGGGUUUCAUAUUAAGCAGAAGAAGUGGUCGUCAGUACUCGCGAGUGGUUUCACUGGUUUUGGCCACAAAUCUAGUGAUGGCUCUCAUUCUGGAGAUAUGUGUGGUUUCGGUGGACUCGAAGCUGGCGUCGGAUCAACAAUACGAAGACAAUGAGUUCGCGGAGUUCGAGGACACGGACGAAGACUCACCGCCGGCGCCGCCGAACACCAAACCCGACGCCACGGCUCGUGAGGCGAACGCCAACGUCGGCCCAAACGCCAGCCCCUCAGCCGCCGAUGACGAGGACGACGACGUCGAAGAGGUGGUCGACAACAGGAAUAAGUUGAACAAAGAGUCGGACAAAAGCGACGUAACCGUUGAGGACGAAGACGACGAUGAGUUGGACGACGAAGAGUUUGAAUACGUGUCCGAAUCGGAUGAUAGCGGCAGCAAAUCUGAGUCGAGUGCCGACCGGAGCCGCGACACCGCCGGUGGAAACGCUAAGAAGCCGGACCUGAAGAUCACUAACGUUCCGCUUCAUCUGCGCUCCAAUUGGGAGUCCUAUUACUUGGAGUUCCUGAUGAUCGCCGGACUCGUCAUAUAUUUCAUAAACUUCAUCGCCGGUCGCAAUAAGAACCAUAAGAUGGCCGACACGUGGUUUGAUGUCCACAAAGAGCUGUUGUAUUCAAACUUCGCGUUAGUCGGCGACGACGGCAAGAAAGAGGUGGAGUCCGCGGGUCUGAACAAAGAGACCGAAAGUGUGUUCACGUUGUGGUGCAGCGGACGGGUCUGCGUUGAAGGCAUGUUAGUUGAGCUCAAGUUUCUCAAGCGUCAAGACUUGGUCAGCGUUGUGUCUAAUUAUUUCAAACCCACAACGGAUCAGAUUCAAAUUCGUGUCACUUUAAAUGUGGACGCAAUGGACAGCUAUGUCUUCUGCAUCGCUAACAAGAAGAGCGCUCAACGACUGGCCAAAGAGAUGAACGAUAUUAAUACGUAUUGUCCGACGAAGAAGACGCCCGAAAAGUACGGUGUAUUGGGAGACAAGUUUGUGUUACUCAACGAAAUAGGAGAGGCGGCCAGCGUUUUACUCGACGCUAAAGUCAUUUCACUACUUAAGAAAUACGAGGAUUGCAUUGAUUACAUACAUUUCACGGAUCAAUACUCCGGAUAUAGAUUAGCCGAAGACAUUCAGCCGACCAAACUUCCAGAUGUAAAACGAAUGUUGAUUUUUGCCUUUAAUUUCCCGAGCAAUAGUAGCCGCAACUACGACGAGAUCGAGGCGAUGAAGCCGUUGCUUCAACUGGUCUUCUAUUCCAUAGAGAAGGUGAGAAGAUUUCGUUUGUCACGUGAGGGCAAAAUGAAAGCUGAACGCAAUCGACGGCGAGUGGAGGAACUCUUUCUGAAGACAACACACGUCCAGAGGCAAGAAGUGGCGCAACUGAAGCGCGAAGAGCGGCGUCGGGCCGAGAAGGAGAAGAUGCUCAACGAUUCCGAUCCCGAAAAGCAACGCAAAUGGGAGGAAAAGGAGUACAAACGGGAGCUCAAGAGGAAGACACCAAAAAUGAAACAAUUGAAGGUUAAGGCCAUGUAAUGCGGGUCCGCAUCCAAUCGACGCUUCCAUUCAUUGUUAUCUUUAGUCUUUUUUUUUAAAUUUUUUGUAUUUAUUUGGAUUGAAAUUAGCGAUUAUUUUCAUUAUAA